AUGGCUGAAUCUGAGCCCGUUAAGACGAAAAAUGCCUUAAGAGAUCGAAAGUGGAUUUUAGCUAUGAAGAAGGAUCUGGAAUCAAUUGAGAAAAAUAAUACUUGGGAGUUAGUUAAUGUUUCGAAAGGAAAGAAGUCGAUUGAUGAUUUGUUGAUCACUGCCAGCAACGAGAAGAGUAUUUGUAAGUUCAAAAGUGAGCUUAUUAAAGAAUUCGAUAAGGAUAUAUAUGCUCUUAAGAUAUUUAAGAAGUGUGAUAUAGGGCAUUGCAAUGCUGCCAUUACACCACCUGAACCAAGAUUACAGUUGUCCAAGAAUGAAGACGAGCAUAAUAUUCAUGGAGAGACCAAAGGUGUCUCACUUGAGAACAGCCAAAAGAAUCCUAAGAUACGUCAAAGGGUUUAUUGGUUGCAGAAUUCCCUUUCCCGCAAGAAGAAACCAGUAGUUGCACUCUCGUUUUGUAAGGUCGGGUGCAUUGCUGCUUUGUUAUGUGUGUGCCAAGUCAUGUGGCUAAUGAAUCUAUUGAAAGAGUUAGGCAGGAAUGAGGGUGAGGCUGUCACACUCUUGGUUGAUAAUGUUUCAGCUAUUAAUCUUGGUAAAAACCCAAUUGCACACAGGAGGAGCAAGCAUAUUGAGAGGAGGUUUCACUAUUUGAGGGAACUUGUUAGUGAAGGCAAGUUAAGAUUGGGAUAUUGUAUAAGUGAGGACCAAGUUGUUGAUUUGUUGACUAAAUGA